GAGGAGGAGGAGGAGGAGGAGGGGGACCGUCCCCUCCCGAGCGGGGCUCGACCCCGGCCCUCGGAGCCGCCGGAGACCUUCGGGGCUGACCUCGUCGCCCCCUCUCCUGGCCGCGCUGCGGUCGGUCGAGGCGCACCGGAACCGGGCAGCCAGCCGCGCCAUGCUGGAGGGUGACAUCGGCCUCGAGGGGCUGUCCCCCAAGGAAGCCCCCGCAGCCCAGGCCGCCGGGGCCGUGGAUGCGGAGGGCGCGCCGCCCGGCCGGCCGGGCGCACAGGCGGCCGCGAUGAGGGUCAACGAGAAGUACUCGACGCUCCCGGCCGAGGACCGCAGCGUCCACAUCAUCAACAUCUGCGCCAUCGAGGACAUCGGCUACCUGCCGUCCGAGGGCACGCUGCUGAACGCGCUGUCCGUGGACCCCGACGCCGAGUGCAAGCACGGCCUCUACCUCCGGGACGGCAGACGCAAGGUGGACUACAUCCUAGUGUAUCACCCCAAGAGGCCCUCGGGCAGCAGGACCCUGGCCAGGAGGGUGCAGCACGGCGACGCGGCCCCCGCAGCCCGCGGCACCAGGCAGGACCAGCCGCUGCCGGGCAAGGGGGACGUGGGGGCGGCGGGGGGGCCCGAGCCCCCGAUGGACUACCACGAGGACGACAAGCGUUUCCGCAGGGAGGAGUACGAGGGCAACCUCCUGGAGGCCGGCCUGGAGCUGGAGCGGGACGAGGAGACUAAAAUUCACGGGGUUGGAUUUGUAAAAAUCCACGCGCCCUGGAACGUGCUGUGCAGAGAAGCCGAGUUUUUGAAACUGAAGAUGCCGACGAAGAAGCUGUAUCACAUUAACGAGACCCGUGGCCUCCUGAAAAAGAUCAACUCCGUGCUCCAGAAAAUCACGGACCCCAUCCAGCCCAAGGUGGCAGGGCACAGACCCCAGACCACAAAGAGACUGUCCUACCCCUUCUCCCGGGAGAAGCAGCACCUAUUUGACCUGUCUGACAAGGAUUCCUUUUUCGACAGCAAAACCCGGAGCACGAUAGUCUACGAAAUCCUGAAAAGAACGACAUGUACCAAGGCCAAGUACAGCAUGGGGCAAGGAGAGGGAAGAAAGAAGGACUCUGCCCUUCUAAGUAAGAGGCGAAAAUGUAGUAAAUACGGUAUCACCAGCCUGCUGGCCAAUGGCGUUUACUCGGCCGCCUACCCCCUGCACGAUGGAGACUACGAAGGUGAAAACGUGGAGUUCAACGACAGAAAACUCCUGUACCAAGAGUGGGCGAGUUACGGGGUCUUUUACAAGUACCAGCCCAUCGACCUGGUCAGGAAGUACUUUGGGGAGAAGAUCGGCCUGUACUUUGCCUGGCUGGGCGUGUACACCCAGAUGCUCAUCCCCGCGUCCGUGGUGGGGAUCAUCGUCUUCCUGUACGGAUGUGCCACCGUCGAUGAGAACAUCCCCAGCAUGGAGAUGUGUGACCAGAGACACAACAUCACCAUGUGCCCGCUGUGUGACAAGACCUGCAGCUACUGGAAGAUGAGCUCGGCGUGCGCCACGGCCCGGGCCAGCCACCUCUUCGACAACCCCGCCACCGUGUUCUUCUCCAUCUUCAUGGCCCUCUGGGCCGCCACCUUCAUGGAACACUGGAAGCGGAAACAGAUGCGGCUCAAUUACCGCUGGGACCUCACCGGCUUCGAGGAAGAGGAGGAGGCCGUCAAGGACCAUCCCAGAGCCGAAUACGAAGCCAGAGUUUUGGAGAAGUCACUUAGGAAAGAAUCCAAAAGCAAAGAGACAGACAAGGUGAAGCUGACCUGGAGAGAUCGGUUCCCAGCCUACGUCACCAACUUGGUCUCCAUUGUCUUCAUGAUUGCCGUGACCUUCGCCAUCGUCCUGGGAGUCAUCAUCUACAGGAUCUCCACCGCAGCCGCCUUAGCCAUGAACUCCUCCCCGUCCGUGCGGUCCAACAUCCGGGUCACGGUCACGGCCACCGCGGUCAUCAUCAACCUGGUGGUCAUCAUCCUCCUGGACGAGGUCUAUGGCUGCAUAGCCAGGUGGCUCACCAAGAUUGAAGUCCCAAAGACAGAGAAGAGCUUCGAGGAGAGGCUGAUCUUCAAGGCUUUCCUGCUGAAGUUCGUGAAUUCCUACACCCCCAUCUUUUACGUGGCUUUCUUCAAAGGCAGGUUUGUCGGCCGCCCGGGUGACUACGUGUACAUUUUCCGUUCUUUCCGGAUGGAGGAGUGUGCCCCAGGGGGCUGCCUGAUGGAGCUCUGUAUCCAGCUCAGCAUCAUCAUGCUGGGCAAGCAGCUCAUUCAAAACAACCUGUUUGAGAUCGGCAUCCCGAAGAUGAAGAAGUUCAUCCGCUACCUGAGGCUCCGGCGCCAGAGCCCCCCCGCCCACGACGAGUACGGGAGGAAGAGGCAGCGCUACGAGGCGGAUUACACGCUGGAGCCUUUCGCCGGCCUCACCCCAGAGUACAUGGAGAUGAUAAUCCAGUUUGGCUUCGUCACCUUGUUCGUCGCGUCCUUCCCCCUGGCCCCGCUGUUCGCGCUGCUGAAUAACAUCAUCGAGAUCCGCCUGGACGCCAAAAAGUUUGUCACCGAGCUCCGCAGGCCGGUGGCCGUCAGAGCCAAAGACAUCGGAAUCUGGUACAAUAUUCUCCGAGGUGUCGGGAAGCUGGCGGUCAUCAUCAACGCGUUCGUGAUCUCCUUCACGUCCGACUUCAUCCCUCGCCUGGUGUACCUGUACAUGUACAGCCAGAACGGGACCAUGCACGGCUUCGUCAACCACACCCUCUCCUCCUUCAAUGUCAGUGACUUCCAGAACGGCACGGCCCCCAACGACCCCCUGGAUCUGGGCUACGAGGUGCAGAUCUGCAGGUACAAGGACUACCGGGAGCCCCCGUGGUCAGAGCACAAGUAUGACAUCUCCAAGGACUUCUGGGCCGUGCUGGCAGCCCGGCUGGCCUUUGUCAUUGUCUUCCAGAACCUGGUCAUGUUCAUGAGUGACUUUGUGGACUGGGUCAUCCCAGACAUCCCCAAGGACAUCAGCCAGCAGAUCCACAAGGAGAAGGUCCUCAUGGUGGAGCUGUUCAUGAGGGAGGAGCAGGGCAAGCAGCAGCUGCUGGGCACGUGGAUGGAGAAGGACCGGAAGAAGGAUGAGCCCUGCAACAGUCACGGCCCCAAAGCCGGCCCGGACAGCCCCGAGUACCCCGGGGGCGCCCCGUAGCUGCCCCUGGCCUCCAGGCCGCCGGGCCCCCUCCGCCGGGCCCCGGGGCUCCUGUGCUCGUGGAGAACCUGGAAGCCCACCUCCUGAUAGGACAACCUCUUCCUGUCUUCUUUUUCUGGUUUGUUUUUUUUUUUCUCCUCGUCUUUGCACAGAACUGUUACGCAGGGAAUUUUUUUUAUCUUUAGUAUUCAAGGAUAAUCAAAAUGAUCGCUGGGGAUAGGGUGAUAACACGCGGGAAUGCAGGCGCUUUGCAGAAACACUUCUUGGGGACCGUGGGUUUCCUUUGCAGCGGAACGUGAGCAGAGGCCUCCAGAAAGCGUCUUUUCUAACCCCGCCUGAUGCCUUUAGAGAGGCGAAAAGGUGUCCCAAAGCAUCGGGGCAAACGCCGUGCGGUACUGGAGGGAGAAUGGAAAAAUGAGGUUGACACCAGUCCCAGAAGGCAUCACCUGCCUCCGGGUCGGAAAAGUCCGACGGCUUUUCAUCUUCUGUUUCCGGUUAGUUCAGAAACCGAGUCACUGUGGCCAGAAAGAGGUGCCUGUGAGUUUAGAAUUUGCUCUUGGAGCACCGCAGGGCUCGGGCGGCCCCGAGGAAGCAGGUGACCCGCACCUCCGGGGUCCCCACCCCCACCGCCACCGCCAGCCACACACCUGCCCCACCACCACGAGCCGAGCCGGCCUCAGAACGGUUCGUCCUCUUGGUGGGACAGAAAGAAAAAGAAAAGAAAAGAAAAGAAAACCGGGUCGACGGGAAAAUGAGCAGAGAGAGAGGGCCUCGGAGGCAUUUCUGAAGACGGCUUCAGGUUUCAAGAAGUCUUAAGGCAUCGGGAAAACAUUUGCAGCUUUAGAAUAUUUAUUGGGUUUUUAAUCAAUUCUACGGUGGAUGUGAGGGUUUUUUUCUGUAGCUCAAGCGUGGAAGGAGCUUAUUAGUUAACCAGAUAUCAUUGAGAGGAAUUUAAAAUACUGUUCCUACCAAAGAUUUUUAUUAAUAAAGCCUUCUAUUUUGGUAA